AUGACCGUCUCAGCCCUCCAGCAAGAACUUGCAGCCACGCAGGAUGACCUCGAUGUCAUCAAAGGCGCCUUGGACCUGGAUCCCUCCGACACUGAUGCCUUGGAGAUGGAGCCGGUGCUGGAGGAGCAGCUCGCAGAUCUGAAGCAACGACUUGCAGCAGCGACAAAGUCAGAGCAGAGUGCGCCACCUCCUCCGACAGGCGAUGCACCCAAGUAUGACAUGAGCAAGCACCCAAAGUUCCGUAAAGUCGACUCAGAAGCACCUCCACCUCCGCCAGAACAGCGCAAAGCCGUGAUGUUCAACUCGGGUGACUCAGUCAUGGCCAAGUACUCUGCAGACAAGCAGUGGUAUGCCGCGACUGUUCUUAGCAAGACUGGAAGCAGCGCUGACCCUGUCUACACUGUCAAAUUCACCGGAUACGCAGAGACCGAGACUAAGCGCAAACACGAGGUGCGCGCAGUAGAGAACAGGAAACGAAAGGCCGAUGCACCUCCCGCUGCUGCCGCUGCCCCGCCGACCCCAGUCUCGCCUGAAGCCGUACAGAAUGGAGCAGUCAUUUCUGCUGCGCCUUCAGUCGAUCCAUCUCUGGUGCAGAAGCGCGAGCCGAGCAAAGUCAGUGAUGGUCCUACGCGCAUGGCGCCAGCGCCGAAGAAGUUGAAGGGUAACAAGACUUUGGAAAAGGCGAAGACGAGCUGGAACGAUUGGCAGAGGUCAGGGCCAAAGAAGCCUGCGUUGGGUGCUGCAGGGAAGCUAGGCAAGGACAGCCAGUUUCGAACACCAGACUUGCCCAAUGCUAAGGUUGGCUUCACAGGCUCGGGGAAACCAAUGUCGAAAGACCAGGUCCGAAAGAAGUGGAAUUAUGCCGCUGGUGACGACGCGGAAGAUUGA